UACCUCUAUAGAGUCAGCAGCUAAAGCUGUAUGUAAAUAUACAUCUGCACCCACAUGCAUACACUACAGACUAUCACUAAGGAAGUGUACUCGUAAGGAAAUGGGUUGAAUAUUAGCUCAGCUUUACCAAUAGCUUUCACAGUUCUGUGGGUCGUGUGCGUGUACCCCCACAUCUGCGGAAAGAUGUUAAUGUUACCUAAUGACAAGGAGUCCGUCAGAGGAGCACUCGGCGGGAGCCGAGAGACUGCAAUUCUAGGCACCCGAGUUGGAGCGUUUUCUCGUGUUCAUCUGCUGAUGGGUGAACUGUCCCACUCUACUCCACGGGAGACGAGGAGCCCGCUGCUUACGCCAGAAAGCCAUUAUUUGCUGCGUGGGGCUGUCAGCGAGAACUGCCCUUUCACUCAUGCUGGAGGGCUUAAGCCCCGGCGCAAGGUUAUACGGCAUCAAGUGCGCCAAGUGCAGCAUCGGCUUCAGCAAGAAUGACUUCGUGAUGCGCGCCCGCGCCAAGGUGUACCACAUCGAGUGUUUCCGCUGCGUGGCCUGCAGCCGCCAGCUCAUCCCCGGCGACGAAUUCGCGCUGCGGGAGGACGGCCUCUUCUGCAGGGCGGACCACGACGUGGUGGAGCGGGCCAGCCUGGGCGCGGGGGACCCGCUCAGCCCCCUGCAUCCAGCCCGGCCGCUGCAGAUGGCAGCAGAACCUAUCUCUGCCAGACAGCCAGCUCUGCGACCCCACGUCCACAAGCAGCCCGAGAAGACCACCCGAGUCCGGACUGUCCUUAAUGAAAAGCAGCUUCACACCUUGAGGACCUGCUACGCUGCCAACCCUAGACCUGACGCCCUCAUGAAGGAACAACUGGUAGAAAUGACUGGCCUCAGCCCGAGGGUCAUCAGGGUUUGGUUUCAAAACAAGCGGUGCAAGGACAAAAAAAGGAGCAUUAUGAUGAAGCAACUUCAGCAGCAGCAACCCAAUGACAAAACCAAUAUCCAGGGGAUGACAGGAACUCCGAUGGUGGCUGCUAGUCCAGAGAGACAUGACGGUGGUUUACAGGCGAACCCGGUGGAGGUGCAGAGUUACCAGCCGCCCUGGAAAGUACUGAGCGACUUCGCAUUGCAGAGUGACAUAGACCAACCUGCUUUUCAGCAACUAGUUAAUUUUUCAGAAGGAGGACCCGGUUCCAAUUCUACGGGAAGUGAAGUAGCAUCAAUGUCUUCUCAGCUUCCAGAUACACCCAACAGCAUGGUAGCCAGUCCUAUUGAGGCAUGAGGAACAUUCAUUCAGAUUUCUGUUGUUGUUGUUUCUGCCCUUACCCUCACCCCUGCUGGAGAGAGUGGGAAAGUGAUCUUGUUGGGACUCCGAAAUUUAGGGGGAGGGGAAGUAUUUAACAGCCCUGUAAUGAACCUAGCAAGGAAUCGCUCCAUGAAAUGAACGGAGUCAUGUUUGAAAAGACAAGGUAAUAUGGUAGCAACACUGUGAAGACAAUCAUGGGAUCUUACCAGAAUACUUAAAAAAAAAAAAAAGAAAAAAAGAAAAAGAAAAAAAAAGAAAAAGAAACCCAACAACAAAACGUGCUCUAUUCAAUGAUCAGAGGAGGAUUGAAAAGACGUUUUCAAAACGUAAAGGAUUUGUACUCGUGGCUCACAAAAAGAAAACAAAACAAAACAAAAAAGUGAAAAAAAUUACCUGUUCAUUUGACUGCACAUCUUCGGAAGAAACCAAGGUAGAGGGACCUUCUAUCCAGUCUCUCCCAAUCCGAACGGUGCUGUUUCUAUAUUGGUGAUUGCCUUGCCAAAAGGAGCUCCAGCAUGUUUUCCAUCAUCAGGAAAGAGACGAUGUAGCCCUGAAUUGUUGAAAGGUUCGUUGGAGGAAGGUGGAGCUGCAUUGGUUUGCAAUGUUGUUUUUAGUUGACUCUUAAUAUGGGGAUAUUUCCUGGGUCUCUUCUAGCAUGUACUGUAGCGGGGUUUUGGUUUUGUUUGGUUGAGAUCCACUCUCUUUAUCAAGUCUGAAGCGAUUUAAAACAAGUUUUUGAAUUCCUCUUAGAAAAAACAAUUUAUAAAAACAUUGCAACAAGUUAUACCUCUAUUUUGCCACAAAGCGUCUCGGGAUUGUGUUUGAAAUGUGUCAGUCCAAGAACCUUCCCCUCCCCCAAAGACAUGUAUAGUCAUUGGUUAAAACGACUGUUUUUCUCUCUUUCCCUUUCUCUCUCACUCUCUAAAAAUAAAGAGAAAAAAAAAAAAAAGAAAAAAGAAAAGGAAAAAAGAAAAGAAACCCCUUUUUGUUUGCUCUUGCAUUGCAAAAUUAUAAAGUAAUUUAUUAUUUAUUAUCGGAAGACUUGCCACUUUUCAUGUCAUUUGACUAUUUUUUGUUUGCUGAAGUAAAAAAAAAAAAAAAAAGGAAA